AUGGAGGUUUCCAGCAAAGUUAUCAGUCUUCAGCAGUCAUCUACUGCACAACUGAGUUAUUAUCCCCCCACACCUCCCGGAACAGAGAGUGGCUCGAGAAGGGAAUCAAGUACGAGUAUUCGUUUCGACGCCCAGACGCCACCAUUCGACAACGAUGAAACGAAACCUGGAGAUUCUUGGAAAUAUCCGCUUCCACCAAGAAGUAAGCCUGACAAUAAGGUGCUGGCGGAAGAUCUAAAGACCCCGGACAACCAUGUUGUAAGGGACCCUCGGUUGAUACGCCUUACAGGCGUUCAUCCUUUUAAUGUCGAGGCGCCGUUGAGUGACCUUUACAACGAGGGUUUCCUAACGACAAAGGAUCUCCACUACGUCCGAAACCACGGAGCAGUGCCUAAAGUCGAAGAUCAAGAGAUUAUGGAUUGGGAGUUUACAAUAGAAGGCAUGGUAGAAAACCCCAUCAAAAUGAGUCUGGCGCAACUUCUCGGCGGGUUCGAGCAAGUAACAUACCCUGUUACUCUUGUAUGUGCGGGAAAUCGCAGGAAAGAACAAAAUAUCGUAAGAAAAACCAAGGGGUUCUCUUGGGGAGCAGCAGGCUUGUCGACAGCGCUAUGGACCGGGGUCGUAAUGGGUGACCUGCUGAGAGCAGCAAGGCCGAAGCGAGGUGCAAAAUACGUAUGCUUCGAAGGCGCUGACAAGUUGCCUAACGGUUACUACGGAACAUGCGUUAAGUUGAACUGGGCUAUGGACCCCAACCGCGGAAUCAUGGUUGCCCAUAGGAUGAACGGCGAGAUACUCCCUCCUGACCAUGGAAAGCCUCUUAGAGUCAUUGUACCGGGUCAAAUUGGCGGUCGAAGUGUGAAGUGGUUGAAGAAGCUGAUUGUCACAGCCGCACCGAGUGAUAACUGGUAUCAUAUUUACGAUAACAGAGUGUUGCCGACGAUGAUAACUCCUGAGAUGAGUGGCGACUUGCCAGACGUCUGGAGAGACGAACGUUACGCCAUCUAUGACCUUAACACGAAUAGUGCUACUUGCUAUCCAGCCCAUAACGAAACGCUGUCGUUAAAUCAAAGCAUCCAGAGCUACCGAGUUCGCGGAUAUGCUUAUGCCGGUGGAGGCAAGAGAGUGACCAGGGUCGAAGUGACCCUUGAUAAAGGAAAAUCUUGGAAGCUCGCCAAUAUUUCGUAUCCUGAGGACGAAUAUCGAGUCGCCCCCGAUGGAGAAGAAUUGUAUGGUGGGCGACUAGACCUGUCCUGGAGGGAGAGCUGCUUUUGCUGGUGUUUUUGGGACUCGGAUAUUGUUUUGUCGGAAUUGAAAGCAGCGGAUGACAUCAUGGUACGAGCUAUGGAUGAGUCCUUAAUGGUACAGCCGCGAGAUAUGUACUGGAGUGUUUUGGGUAUGAUGAACAAUCCUUGGUUUCGAGUUGUUAUCCACAAGGAGGGCCAUACAUUGCGAUUUGAGCACCCAACACAGGCAGCUUUGAUACCUGGCGGAUGGAUGGAACGAGUCAAGAAGGCAGGUGGGAAUCUCUCUAAUGGAUAUUGGGGUGAGAGGCUAUCCGGAGAAGAAGGGGAUGCUAUCAAAGAGGAACCAAUAAAGGAGAUUUGCAUGAUUAACAAUGAGGUUAAUCUUACAAUCACCCUUGACGAAUUGAAGAAACACGCCGGUGAAAUCGAGCCGUGGUUUGUAGUUAAUGGCCAGGUUUACGAUGGGACAAAAUUCUUGGAAGGCCAUCCUGGUGGAGCGGCCUCGAUCUUUGGUGCUGCUGGACAGGAUGCUAGUGAAGAAUUCCUCACUAUUCACAGCGAGAAUGCAAAGGCGAUGUUAGUCGAUUAUCAUAUCGGAUCCCUCGACGAGUCCUCCCGAACCAUCUUAGCCAAUGGAGAACCCGAAGACCCGGAAGCAUCGACGCCGCGUGAAACAUUUCUGCAGUCAAAAGUGUGGAGAAAAGCUAUUCUAUCAGCCAGGAAGAAAAUCUCAGACGACACCAAGAUCUUCACCUUCGACCUCGAGCAUCCCAAACAGACCUCUGGGCUUCCUAUUGGCCAACACUUGAUGAUGCGGCUGCGCGAUCCUGUCACUCGCGAAGCCAUCAUACGGUCGUACACGCCUCUCUCAGAGGUUACGAAUGAAGGGAAAUUAGAUAUUCUCAUUAAGAUAUAUUACGAUACACCUCAAAGGAAGGGUGGUAAGAUGACUCAAGCAUUGGACGCAAUCCCUCUCGGUCAUUUUGUCGAGUUCAAAGGUCCAGUGGGCAAGUUCGAGUACUUGGGCCGGGGCUUAUGUUCAAUCUCCGGUCAACGACGAAAGGUCGAGCGCUUCAUCAUGAUCUGUGGCGGAUCCGGAAUCACACCGAUAUUCCAGGUUCUCCGAGCCGUGUUGACGAAUAGUCAGGACCCUACUUCGUGCCUAGUUAUUGACGGCAAUCGUGUUGAACGGGAUAUUCUUUGUAAGGAAGAUCUUGACAGGAUGGCUAUUGGUAAUGGCCAUAAAUGCCGCUUGUUGUAUACGUUAAGCCAGCCCGAGCCAUCGUGGACUGGAUUGAGAGGCCGGAUAGACGAAGAGUUGCUUGAAAAGGAAAUCGGACCUUGUAAGAAUAUCGAUGGUGAGAAUUUAGUCCUUAUUUGCGGGCCUGAACCGCUUGAGAAGAGUGUUCAGUCUCUAUUGAAGGCUUUGGGCUGGAAGGACGACGAUCUGCUCUUCUUCUAG